AUGCCUUCCAAGACCCCCGCCAUUCUUGCCCUGGCUGCCGGUGCCAGCCUCGUCUCCGCCCACGGUUAUGUCUCCAGCUGGACCAUCGGCAGUGACACAUUUGCUGGUUUCGAUGAGCAGUGGGCAGUUGCUGCAGGCACGGACACCGGCAAUGAGUUCAUCGCCUGGUCCGAGUCCGCCUCUGACAACGGCUACGUUGCUCCUGAUGCCUAUGGCACCUCGGACAUCAUCUGCCACAAGGAUGCCACCAACGGUCUGCUGAACAACGCCACCGUUGCUGCUGGUGGUGUCGUCACUGCCACCUGGAACACCUGGCCUGACUCUCACCAUGGACCCGUCAUCACCUACAUUGCGGCCGCCGACGAUCCUACGACAGUCGAUAAGACCACCCUGGAGUGGAUCAAGAUCGACGAGGGCGGCCUGGUCAGCGGUUCCAACCCGGGCGUCUGGGCUUCGGACACGCUCAUCAGCAACGGUUUCUCGUGGGACGUCACCAUCCCCUCCACGCUCAAGGCCGGCAACUACGUCCUCCGCCACGAGAUCAUUGCCCUCCAUAGCGCCGAGAACUCCGAUGGUGCCCAGAACUACCCUCAGUGUGUGAACCUGGCCGUCACCGGCUCCGGCACUGAGCUGCCUUCUGGUACCCUCGGCACCAGCCUCUACACUGAGACUGAUGCUGGAAUCCUCUUCAACCUCUACACCUCCUUCAGCACCUACCCCAUCCCCGGCCCUACCCUG